UUGCUUUCUUGAAGAGCUUGUUUACAGUUCUUCUUUCUUGAUAUUUAUAUCUUUAUUUUUCUUACUCUGUUUGUAUUUGGCUUGAGUCAUUGUUAUUAUUAGUCGGAACCUUUAAUGACUCUCACUUGUCGUAAAUAAAAUAAAUUAAAUCAACAAAUCUCUGAGAAACUGCAAUUAUCUGGUUAUUGCACGAUGUUUUACCCGGCUUUUUCGGCAACUAGCUGUAAAGGGAUGAAAUGUUUAGAGUAUGUAGCGGUGAGAAAAGGGAGAUUCCGGAACCACGGUUCCGGUUCUCGAGUUAGAACUGAACCGAAAAGAACCGCAAUCACCGUUCAGAUUCCCGACUUGCGGUUAUCGGUUCCCAGCUUAGAACCGGAGAACAAUUUUUCAGGCAGUAACAAUUCAACAAAAUAAAAUUCAGUUUAUUGUAAACCAAAGGAUUCUUUUAAAUAAUGGCAGGCAAAUAUAUCUUUUUGGAGCUUUAUCGACAGUGUGUUUUCAUUUGUUAAAAGAAAGGCAAGAGAGAAAGAUGAGGCAGAAGAGAAAAAAAUGAAUUAUUGUUCUUUUUUGCACUUCAUAAAGAAAUACAAAUUUGAUCGUCCGUUCACACUCGUUCUUUUUCGUUGAAUGUUGUACUUUUCUAUCGUCUGAUCUUAACAGUUUCGAGACCAGAAGUUACGGCCAGUAUAAAGACAUACUAAUACUGGCUUUAUCUCUUAUCUAAUGAGGGUCGAUGGGUUUGCCAGGUAUAGAAGAUCUCAUGUAAAAGAAGUUGCGCACAAGUAUACGUUAUGAACGCUAAAUAUAGCUUUCUCAAAAUAAAACUGUAGUAAGUUAUUUAUGGUUGAAAAAGUCUCGGUUGCAAAAAAAAGGAACCGUCUACAAAACAGCGGUUCCUCCUGCAGAAUCGAAUAGCAACAUCCCUAGCUGAGAGUUAGCAUGACCGAGAAAAACUCAAAAAACUGAUUACAUCAUGUUCUCGAAGAAAAGUCCGAGUAAAACAUGAUGUAAUCAACUGUCACUAAGGCAAUUAGUCAGACAGCCUCAUCUGUUAAAACGGUAGUUUAAACAUUUUCCCAGAUUGAGAUUCAAGUUUUCAGUAGUGCUAAAAAAUUAGAUUAUGAAAAGCAAAAAAUUCGCAUUUCAGAUCGAAUUUUGAAUAUGAAAACGUCAAAAACUCAAAUAAAAUACAGCUAAAUAAUUUCAGCUUCGAUCGUAGAGAUUCAUUCAGUCUUGUACAGGAUAAAUAGAGUAAUCCUGCAGAUUUCUGCAAAACUUUUAUAGGAUAUCUAUAUAAGAAGAUGAUGAGAUUCGCAUAAGACCUCAGAAUCUUAUAAAUUCCCUAUAAUAUACUGUAAGAUCAGUUGAUUUACGAUGACAAACGAUGUGGAGGAAAAUUACAUGUCUGUUCACACGAGUGGUUCUCGAUGUUCUAUGUAUGCGAUUCGAUUAUCAGAAAAACCUGUACAGAACUUUGACGAACUGCUCACAGUUGCGUGAAGUCGUAAAAUGUGCCUUGUUAAGUCGAAAAGACAUACUCGGGUAGUUUAUACCUUAUUUGAACGAGCGUGGGUAGAAUUUUAUUUUAUACAAGAUCGAAUAAGAUUUCAUUGCCUUUUCAUACCAUGCAGUUCAAGAUUUUCUUCAAAUAGUUGGACAUGAACCAACUAUUUCACGACGUAGUACAAGAAUUGUGUCUCGUAGUGGCAUUAGUACGCCUUGACUUGCUCUUUAAAAUAAAGUGCACACAACCCGCAUACACCCUCGGCUAUGAAGGAAAACAAGCUAAAAGUACGGCAGAUAAAUCGAGCACAAAAGUAUACGAGAAACCUUUCUUAUUUAUUUCACCAUGUUUUACCCGGUUUUUUCUUCGGGAACAUGCAAAAAGAGUGAAUAGUUUAACUAACAAUGAGUACGCGUGAUCAGUAAUAAAAGAAUCUAUCAGAACAGCUAAACAAGAAGUUCAUUAGAUCGAUUUGGCGCCAAACUCACAGUUUUAAUUCGCGCUCAAGUCUGUUUCUGUGCAAAUUUGGUGGGAGAAUUAUAAUUAGGGCUUCUUUUCAGUAAUUACGCAAGAAUUUCAUUAUUUUUUUGGAAAAAGAAGCGCUGCACGUAGAAUUUUAGGCCUGUCAGCCAUCUUGAAUUUCUAUUGGUCAGCAUACAAAACGAAUAAAACAGUUGUACGUGGAAACGAGCGCUUUUAUAGUAGGUGCGUGAAGAUCGAAAAAAAAUUGUAAAAGUCGAGAAAAUCCUUCAAUGUCCUGGGGUUUGAAGCAAUUCUAAGCAUAAUGAUAACAAUCGCUUUCAAUAUCUCUUAGCGGGUUAAAGGGUACCCCGUCCUUAUAUGCUUAUUUCUAUGUUAUUUGAUUAGCACAUAUUCUGUCAAAAAUGAAUUUAGAUUUAAAUUUCUACUCAAUGAAUAUGAUAAUAAUGCAUAUAUGGAAUUGAACGAGCCCAAUGAAAUACAAACUUCUGAAGAAUCAGAAGUAGAAACAAUAACAACAGUUAAUAAAUCUCUCGGUUCUUUGAAAAACCCAACUGUGAAUAACAAACAAACAAAAAACACUAAUUCAUCAUCAAAGUCGAAAAGAUGCUCUACUUUCAACAAUAAUUGGUUGAAAGAUCCUAAAUAUUCAACAUUUCUAAAAGAAUGUCGAACUAAUUCUUAUCUUGCACAUUGUUCUAUUUGCAAAUCUAAUUUUUCUAUUGCCAAUGGAGGUGUUUAUCUGAUCAAUCGACAUGCGGAACAACCUAGUCAUAAACAAUUAGCUGAAACUGAAGCUAAACAAAAGUGUAAAGUACAACAUUGAUACGCAAUAACAUUUCAUUGAUCGAUUUAUUUUCUCAUUCAGCACGAUCAAUUCACGAUUUUAUUCCAUCAUCAAGUACAUUAACCAAAUUAACUGCUGCUGAACUUAGUCUUGUGUUUCAUGGGGUGCAUCAUGGUCAUAGCUACAUUAGUCAGUCGUGUACAAUUGAUCUUUUAAAAAAAAUUUUCAAUGAAUCUAAUAUUGGUCAAAAUAUUGCUUGUGGUAAAACAAAAUCACGUGAUUUAGCAGUAAACGUUCUUGUUGAAUCAGGUAUAACACGAUCUGUAUUAGAAGUACUAGAACAACCGCGUGAAUCAGCUGAACAUAUUGUUGCUGCAUUACGUGGUGUACUAACAAAAAAUAAUAUUGAUAUUCAACAAAUGACUUCAAUUGGAGCUGACAAUACCAAUACAAAUUAUGGCAGACAUCAUUCAGUAUUUAGUAUCAUAAAACUGGAAGUUUUAAAUUUGCUAAAAGGAAAUUGUUAUUGUCAUAUCCUGAAUAAUUCGGUCAAAAACUCACAUCCAUGUUUAUUAGUUAAUAUUGAAUCAUAUUUAUCUUCUUUAUACAGUCAUUUCAGUUCAUCAUCAAAACGAGUUGCAGCACUCAAAGAAUAUUUCGAGUUCGUUGAAGAAGACUAUCUGCUCUCCUAUGUUUAUUCAAUACCAUGUUCAAAUGCAUUUGCAGAAGGUGUAUUUAGUCAUAUGAAGCAUGCAUGGACACCGAGUCGAAAUUCAAUGUCCAUUGAAACUGUUGCUGCUGAAUUACAAAUAAGAUUAAAUUGUAAGAUGAAAUGCAAUGACUUUUUUACAUUUGUUCAAAAUGAACCUGAUCUAAUUAAAUGCGCUCGACGUUCGGAAAAGUAUAGUUAUAUAAAAAAAGCUUUGUUCUAG